UCAGAAUCAGAGAACACUGCCUCACUUUUUUCAGCUCUGAUUGUGGGACUGUUCGUAAAGUAAAGCCUCCAUGAAAUUCAUUUUACUGUUUGUGUGGCUCUCCAGUUUGCUGGACUUGUGCUUGCCAUCUGCAAAUUCCAGCAUGACCCAAACCUUCAACUGCAAUGAGAACAUAUGCAACAAGAAUGCCACUUGCACAACAAUAAACAAGAAGAAGGGAUGCUACUGCAACACAGGCUUCACAGGCGAUGGUGUCAGCUUUUGCAAUGAUGAUGAUGAAUGUGAAAAUGCAACACAAACAUGUGGAUACAAUGCAACCUGUACCAAUACGAUUGGAAGUUUCUACUGCACAUGUGUCCAAGGUUUUCAGUCAUCAAAAGGAACACAAGAAUUUACACCAAACGAUGGAAGCACCUGCAUAGAAAAAUCAAAGACACCGUGUCAUUUAAAUAAUAACUGCCUUUCUGGAAGGAUUAAUGAUACCCUGGAGGAGCUCAGUAAUAUAAAAGAACCAAAGGAACUCUUGGAGACAAUUGCGAGGAAUACUACAGGACAACUCUCGGCUUUUGAUGUUCUUUUAUAUAUUGAAGUCUUGUCACGGUCAAUUCCAACACUCAGUGCAAUGAACGACACAAUACCUGAUAAAGAAAUGGUUACUAACGUUACCAUCAAUGCUUUGGUUAAAACCGUGAACAGUUUCUUAAAACCAAACGAAAUACCCAUUUGGAAAGAAAUUGCUGAAGAAAACAGGAAAAAAGUGGUCACUAAGCUGCUGCAUACUAUGGAGAAGUCAACACUUGGAAUUUCACAGCACUUGGAAAAGGCAACUCAGCUAGAGUUUAAGGAAAGCGAUAUUGCCCUCAAACUAUAUGCUUUUGAUUCAAACCACAUUAAUCACUCCCAACCUCAUGCAACCUUCGAAGGGAAUCAUAUAACAAUUUCUCCAAGGAAGACUGAAGGCAAUGGCUCUAAUGGAACUGUCACAAUCAUUUUUAUUCAGUAUGACAACAUUGGUUCUCUGCUUAAACUAUCCAAUAACUCUCGGGAAUGGGAAAUAAAUGGCACUACACCACAAGAGGACUAUACUGUGAACUCUCAUCUCAUUGCUGCUGCUAUUAAGGCAAACCCCUCUACACUGUAUCCGAUGGAACAUGUAACAUUCACCCUAAAGCAUUUAAAGCUUGUGGACAUAGAGAAGAAUAUUAAUUCAGCAUGCGCAUUUUGGGACUAUUCCUCUGAAAGUAUGGAAGGGCAUUGGUCCACGGAAGGCUGUGAGUCGCUCCACUUUAACGCUACACACACCAUGUGCAGAUGUUAUCACCUGACCAACUUUGCAGUGCUAAUGUCAUCAGCCCCAAUCAUUGAUGUGUAUCACAACAAUGUUCUUACACGGAUCACUCAGCUGGGAAUUAUUGUGUCCCUGAUCUGCCUGUCAAUCUGUAUCUUCACCUUUUGCUUCUUCAGUGAAAUUCAAAGCACAAGAACUACAAUCCACAAAAAUCUGUGCUUCAGUCUGUUUAUUGCAGAACUGCUUUUCCUAACUGGAAUUAAUAUGAACGGCAAUAAGCUCUGGUGCUCCAUUAUAGCUGGAUUGCUGCAUUACUUCUUCUUAGCAGCCUUUGCAUGGAUGUGCAUUGAAGGCAUACACCUUUACCUUAUAGUUGUUGGGGUAAUUUACAACAAAGGUUUCCUCCACCGAAAUUUUUACAUCUUUGGCUACGGCAGCCCAUCAAUUGUUGUUGGAAUUUCUGCAAUUCUUGGCUACAAGUAUUAUGGCAAAGAUAAAAUUUGCUGGCUCAGCACAGAAAACAACUUUAUAUGGAGUUUCAUUGGACCAGCUUGCUUAAUCAUUUUAGUCAACCUGCUGGCAUUUGGAGUCAUUAUUUACAAAGUAUUCCGUCACAUAUCCAUGCUGAAACCAGAAGUGAGCUGUUAUGAAAAUAUUAGGUCCUGUGCCCGAGGUGCUUUGGCAUUGCUCUUCCUCCUUGGAGCCACCUGGACAUUCGGUGUUUUGCAUAUUAUCAAAGGAUCCAUGGUAACAGCGUAUCUCUUCACUGUCUCCAACACAUUUCAAGGGAUGUUCAUCUUUAUAUUUCUCUGCAUUAUGUCAAAGAAAAUCCAGAAAGAGUACUACAGACUAUUUAAAAAUGUUCCUUGUUGCUUUGGAUGUCUCAGAUGAACUGAAUUCAAGACGUAACAGCAGGAAAAAGAUCACAAAGAAAAGAAUACAAAUUUCAGAAUGGUUACAGCAAUGUUGUGGGUUAUGUUUAUAAUUUAUUUGAAGCUUUACAUUGGCAUUUGGCUUUGGAACUCCAUUCAUUUCUUCCUCAAGCCUCAAACUUCACUAUUGCAUCCAUUUAAAACAUUACACACCCAGCAUAGCUCAAUAAAAGUCUAAAGUAAGGGAAAUGAAUUAGGAAAGGAUUUGGUAGGUGUCUUGUGUGAAAAGACAAAAAAGAACUCCAAAGAAUAGGAUAUAUUUUCGUUACAACAACAAUUUGCACUUACAUAGAUGGAGCGGGAGCCAGAGCAUGGUGGGAAAUGGGAUGGAGGGUAGGGGGAAGAUGGCCAAAGCCCUGGAUAAGGCAUCAAGAGCAUCCAAAUGUCUUUCACAGCAUUUCACAGAUAACUACCGACAAGUAUGGCAACUGUGCAACAAAGUGACCUGACAACCAACACAUCACGGGUCAAAAUAUUCACCCCAUCACUGAUACAUUAUUCCAAGUCUUAUUUAGAUAAUGUGACACUUAAAUAGUAAUAUUGCUUUUGAUCUGAAAUAGUUGAUCGAUAUUUUCAACUUAUACAAACCACGACGUUACAAACUCACAGGAGUCCAAGUGGCUUCUCUUAUGUAGGGUUCAUCUCAUUAAGGUUUGAACUCUCAGUCAAAGCAUCAGCCAGGGUGAGGAAAAAAAGUCUGCCUCAAGGGAAGAUUUAUGUCAUUACAAUGUCUUAUAACAAGUUUCAAAUAUAAUUGAUAGUUGUACGGUAUAAACAUACUUUUCUGUGGAUUGGUUGAAAAAAAACUUGCUUCCAUAUAUGCUUUUUAAUUAAAAUUUGUGUGAUACAUGUAAAUAUACUGCAGAUAAUAAAAUUAUGAUUUGUGUAAUUUA